UAGCCACGGAGAAUGCAAGUGCGGGAGCUAUCUCACACUCUUCCUCCUCACUCCGUUAGAUCUCUAAUUCGACAGUGGUUAGCUGAAGAUACGCCAUCAUUUGACUGUGGAGGAUUUGUAGUGGGAGACAAAGAGGAUGAAGCUUGGUUGUUGUGCAAGUCACGUGGAGUCUUGUCAGGCUGUCCGUUCUUUCAGGCUGUAUUUGAUGAGCUAGACUGCUCAGUUCAGUGGCAUCAACGCGAGGGAGACUUAUUGGAACCGACGAAUGGCCUUCCUUGCCGUGCAGCAACAAUCAGAGGAAAAGCAAGAAAUCUGUUGCUUGGAGAACGAGUUGCAUUAAAUACAGUAUGUCGAUCAAGUGGCAUAAGCAGUGUUGCUAGACACUUGAGAGAGCUAGCUGAUAAAGCUGGUUGGAAAGGUGAAAUUGCGGGAACAAGAAAGACAACACCAGGGUUUCGUCUGGUCGAGAAAUAUGCCUUACUGGUGGGUGGUGUGUCCACUCAUCGUUACGACCUCUCUUCCAUGAUAAUGCUCAAAGACAACCACAUUUGGUCUGUUGGAGGUAUCAAGAGUGCGAUUGAACGAGCUCGUCAGGUUGGUGGCUUUUCACUGAAGAUUGAAGUCGAAUGCAGGUCUCUCGACGAAGCCAUUGAGGCAUGUCAGUGUGGAGCAGAUGUCGUUAUGUUAGAUAACUUUAAACCUUUGGAUUUACACGAGACAGCAAAACAGGUGAAAGAAUGCUUUCCACAUGUUAUAAUGGAAGCGAGUGGAGGAAUUCAACCAGACAACAUUCAGGAAUAUUUUUCCUCACACAUUGAUGUUAUUUCAAUGGGUAGUCUGACUCAAGGAUAUCCCGUUGUUGACUUUUCAAUGAAGAUUCAGAAAUAAGAUCAAUAAUACAGCAAUACAAUUUCUUUUCCACCCAUGCCUAAAACACUCGCCUAGACUAC